AUGACAGAUUCCGUGAUUAUUGGCAGCACCUACCUGGACAAAGUUGAAACCCGUGCCAGAUCACUCUACGGACAUGUGCACCCAGACUACGAUAAGCGUACGCUCGUACAUGAUAUAGCUGUACUGCAAAUAGACAAACAAACGAGUUAUAACUCUUCAUUUCCUGUUAGAUUGCGAACCAAUUUCUCGGAUUACGAAAAUCCGUGCUACGCGAUGGGCUGGGGUUGGACUAAACCACAACCACCAUCAUCGAAUAUAUUCAAAAUAGCGGUGGUGCAGCCUGUGAAACCGAAAAAGUGCGAAGAAGAAUGGAAAAGGGCAUAUUAUCCACAUCUAAUCUGCACCAAUAGCACAGGAGACGCGGUGUGUCGUGGGGAUUCAGGAGGACCUCUAAUAUGUGACAAUAAGUUAACAGGAGUGGUGUCUUUCGGCAAACGUUGCGCUACAGGGAAACCUGACGCUUACACAGCCAUCAGUUUCUACAACGAUUGGAUUGAUUCAAUAAUAAAUCAAUCCAAUCAAUAA